UCUCACCUGGAUGUUUGUUUACAUCAUCUGUGCUUUUAAAGUAAUUUUAUACUUAAAUCAACAUCACUCGCCUGUUCGUGUUGCCAACGGAACCCCAGAUAAACAGAAGAAGGCUUGUUCAUUAUCCUUCAGGUUCCCAUUCCAACAGCAACACCAUUCUGCCAUGUGUGGUAUUUGCUGUGUAUGCAGUAAUGCACAAGACAGUGUGGACUGGAAGGACUUUAUUGAGAAGAGUUCCAGAGUAGGGAGAAGGGGCCCUGAUUGUAAUAGCUGUAGUCACAUUGAUGUUGGCUGUAGGGGCACACAACUCUUCUUACAAGGUCAUGUCCUUCACCUCAGAGGUCAGCUUACUCCACAGCCGUUGCAGGAUCACAAUGGCAAUACACUUCUCUGGAAUGGGGAAAUAUUUGGAGGACUAGAAAUAGGAGAUGGAGAAAAUGACACCCAAGUAUUGUUGAGGGAGCUGUCUGGUUCUGUUAAUCCAAGCCACAUACUGUCCACUCUGGCCAAGGUCCAGGGUCCAUGGGCAUUCAUCUACUGGGAGGAAAAGACUAAAUGUUUAUGGUUCGGACGAGACAUGUUUGGGAGACGGAGCCUUCUUUGGCAUCUCCCACAAAACAGGAAGGAACCUUUCAUCCUAUCGUCCACCCAGGUGGGAGACCAGGAAUUCCAAGAAAUCCCUUCGGUUGGAAUUUACUGUCUACGUUUCAAUGAAGUCCCUACUGAGGGCUGUGACCUCCAAAUCCACCUUUAUCAACGGGAAGAUAGUGUUUGGCCGGGAACACUGGAGAGAGUAGACAAUGGUCAAAUUUUCCAGGACAGAUUAUGGAGUGGUCAGUCUGAAAUGUCUCCUGUGAAGUUUUCCUUAGAAACAGACUUAAAAUUUCCCUCACAAAUGCCAAAGUUGAACAAGGCAUUACCAAGUAUGGACAGUGACCUAGAAAAGUGUUCCGAUGGUCUUAAAACUAAACUGUCAGGAUCAGAAUCGGCUGGUGACCAUCUUAAAACUAAACAGUCAGGAUCAGAAUCGGCUGGUGACCAUCUUAAAACUAAACAGUCAGGAUCAGAAUCGGCUGGUGGCCAUCUUAAAACUAAACUGUCAGGAUCAGAGUUGGUUGGUGACCAUCAGAAAUAUGUAGAGAAAUUGAUUCAAAGUGAUGAGGAGAUAAACACACUAGCUGACCAGUUGAUAGAUGUCCUUCAGCAAGCGGUCAAGAAGAGGAUUUAUAAUCAACCAUACCUUACUCUGAACUCUGGAAGGUCAGCUGACUGUACAUCAGGGGUCAAAAGGUCACCAUGUUCUCAGUGUAAACCUCAUCCUCCCAGGAAAUCAGAUGAUUUGGGGACCGGAAAACUUCCUGUAACAGAUGAAGAAUCUAGGAGAGAAAAUAUUUCAUUUGGAGGAGAGGAUAAUCAUGCAGCUGAAACACAUACCGAUUCUACUAGAGAACAAGAUCAUGCAAAAGUAGCCAUUUUGUUUUCUGGGGGAAUAGACUCUGCUGUGAUCACUGCUUUAGCAGAUAGAUGUCUACCUGACAGUGAACCUAUUGAUUUGAUAAAUGUUGCUUUUGAACAACAAAUUAAGCCGUCUGGUAAGAAAGGAGGAGUAAGUGUAGCCAUAGACGACCAGGAGAGAUGGAACGUUCCUGACAGACUGACAGGGUACAGCGCCCUCUCGGAACUCAACCCCAACCGCAAGUGGAACUUUAUACAGGUAAAUGUGUCGCUGCCAGAACUCCAGCAAGUCAGAUCAAAUCAUGUACGCCAUUUGGUGUACCCAUUGGAUACAGUUCUUGAUGACAGUAUAGGGUGUGCUGUGUGGUUUGCAGCCAGAGGUCAAGGCGUCAUUGGAAAUGGGGCCCGACAGGGAGAACCAUAUACCAGUACUGCAAGGGUGAUAUUGUGUGGGAUGGGAGCAGAUGAACAGCUGGCUGGCUACUCCAGACACAGGGGCAGGUUCAGUGAGCAGGGAUGGCGAGGACUACUGGAUGAGGUAGAACUUGAGAUCACCCGUAUAUCUGCCAGAAACCUUGGCCGGGAUGACAGGAUCAUCACGGACCACGGAAAGGAGUCGAGGUUUCCUUUCCUGGAUGAAGACGUCGUGAAGUUUCUCUGUAGUGUUCCGAUGUAUUACAAGGCAAAUCUUGACUUACCUCGUGGGCUUGGUGAGAAGUUGCUCCUGAGAAUCUGUGCAACCAAACUUGGUCUCCCAUCAACAGCUUUGCUGCCUAAACGAGCCAUCCAGUUUGGUUCCAGAAUAGCGAAAAUGGAGAACAGCAAAGAGAAGGCAUCUGACAAAUGUAAACGUCUGGGAGAAUGAUCAUGUUCAUAAAGAUUUAAAUGUUUCUCUAAAGUCAAAACAGCUACUUCUACCAUACAUCUUGUGUGGCAGUAUAGGUCGUCUGGAAUCAGAGAUGUCAAAUAUGAACGAUGACACACUCACCAAAUCGCUGUUUGUCCAUGGUCCAUCCCUCCAACAGACAUCUUGGCAUCACAUUUCUCUAAUAUUUGAGGUCUUUCUCAUCUUGACCACACAUGAACCUGAUGGGAUCUAGUACGACAACUUUUAUUUUUGUUCACAGAUAUCAAGAACAAUAUGCAUGGCAACUAGACAGCCAUCCUAGACUAUUUCACAGAAAAUUUUGGAGAGAUCUUUCUUGAAUUGUUCAUACCACCUAGCUCCUGUACCUUUAGACCUAGUUGUGAAGAAUUACCUGGUACCCAUCUUUGAUCUCUUUGAGUUUGUGAUCACUUUUUGUGUCGCCUGCAAAAAGCAUGUAACAUAUAGGUAUCACUAUAUCGGCGUCGGUUGCGGCGGCGUCUUCACAGAGGUUUCUGUGUAAUAACUCAAGUUCUCUUGGGCUGAUCAAACUCAAACUUCAUGCUGAUCUUCCUUACCCUAAGUGCUCGUUUAGGAUUGCUUUUCAGGUCUGAAGUUCAAAGGUCAAGGUCAGUGUUACUUAAAGUAGAAAAUGUGUUUCCAAGUGAUAACUUGAGUUUCCAUGGGCUGAUCAAACCCAAAUCAUGCAGAUAUUCCUUCCUGAAUGUGCUUGCUUGGUAUUGCUUUUCAGGUCCAAAGGUCAAGGUUACUGUUACUGUUACUAAAAUAAAAAUUUUGUUUCCUUGUGAUAACUCAAGUUCCUUGGCCUAUCCAACUCCAUUUGCAUGCAGUUUUUCCUUACCACAAGUGCAUGAGAUUUUUUUUUUACUGGGUCAAAGGUCAAGGUUACUACUAUUAUAAAUAGAAAAGCUGUUUCCAUGUGAUAAGUGCAGUUCUCUUGGGCAGAUCAAGCUCAAACUUCUUAAGGUGCUCAUUUACCAAAAGUUCCUUCUCUGUUUUCUUUAAUUCCUAGCAUAUUUGAGUGAUGCUGGUUUUGCUUACUUAUGCGAAAAGCACAAAAAUAAAAAUUCCCACUUUUCUCUUCUUCCUCUAAAUCAUGUGAAAACAAGAGGAACGUUGAUAUUAAAUCAGAGGAGAAUCCAUCAAGAACUCGAGAGCUCUCUGAAAAAUAAGGUUAACAAGCUUCAACUAAUACAAGAGGAAAAUAUCCACAAAGAACUUUAUGAAAAAGAGCAACAACAACAUUUAACUUAAAAUUCAAAAUGGUUGCUGAUUGGCCAUUUCCUCUUACAGGUGAAAUUUGAGAAAGAUCAUUGCAGAACUUUCUGCAAAAUAGAGAUAACAAACUUCAACUGUCAAAAUGGCUGUUUAUCUUGAUUUCUGAUCAGUCCCAAAAUUGAAGCUGAACUAGGGAACUUGCAUGUGAAAUUUAACGAUGAUUCAUCCUGUGGUUCUCUGGUGAUAAGAACUGUUAAGGAUGGACAGACGGCCAUCCGAUAAUGGUGGGCAAAAAGGCUGUUGAAAAUGAGCUUGAUCAAUCUUCAAGGGGUUAAGCAAUACAAAAGAUGACCGACAAUGCACCAUGUUAUAGGCCCAAGCAGCUAAAGUACCACUUUACAUGUAGUGUAUAUCUCUUACACAAUAAAAACAAACAACACAGAUUUGUUCUAUUAAAAUUUAUUUGGUUCCAUUUUUGUAAUUAAGUAGAGGUGUACUGAGGAUAUUAAGUUUGAUACCAGACAAACUGUCAUAAAGUCGGUACAUUGUACCCGUGGGGCCAUAUAUAGAGCGCUGUAUUGUACCCGCGAGGCCAUGUAUAGGGCGCUGUAUUGUACCCGCGGGGUUAUGUAUAGGGCACUGUAUUGUACCCGCGGGGCCAUGUAUAGGGCGCUGUAUUGUACCCACGGGGCCAUGUAUAGGGCGCUGUAUUACAGUACAUUGUACCCGUGGGGCCAUAUAUAGGGCGCUGUAUUGUACCAACAGGGUUAUGUAUAGGGCACUGUAUUGUACCCACAGGGUUAUGUAUAGGGCACUGUAUUGUACCCACGGGGCCAUGUAUAGGGCACUGUAUUGUACCCACGGGGUUAUGUAUAGUUGUAACCAGUCCGGAUGUAGUACAUUAAUUAUGGACACAGAAACUUACAGAUAACUAUAUAUAUACCUCUUGUAUCUGUAAAUCAAUUUGUUAUGUUACCUACCUACGCUACAAUUGUAAUAAUAUCUAUACAUCAAAUUACACGGAUAAGGAGUACAAAUUGUCCCUGUACUUCAUAUUAAUAUACAGGACUGAGCAUCAUUCAUAAUUACAAACAAGAACAAUUCCUCCCAAAAGUUUCCAUCCCCAUCUAAUGCAAACUUGUAUGUAUUAUUGAUACAGGUGGCAACUCUGGCAAGGAAUCCCUUCAUUUGAUAAUAUUCUAACUACAAAUUACUAACGAACUAGUCCGUCAUCUUUAAAUACCAUAUUUAUCCCCAAAGAAGCCCUGUCCCUAGAGUAAAAGGUAUCAACGUUUGGGGAGGGCUUAUUUGUGAACCACUUUUAGCUUAUUUCAAAAUUGAUGAUCCUAGAAAAAUGAAGCGGGCUUAUUUGUGGACAGAGGCUUAUCUGUGGAUAAACACGAUAAGAAAGUCUGAUGUUUCUUGUGGGGGUAGUUAGCUUAUAAAUAAUACCCAGCUUCCACUUUAUACUUAAGCAGACAACUUACCAAUCUAAAUUGGACUAUAUCUUGAUUUAUGUACCAGUGGUUGGGUAUUUAAAAAUCCCUCGUUAAAUUACAGCAACACCAGCCAACAGAAGACUUGUCUAACUGUAGUUUGUUAAUUCAGAUUCAUAAACCCCCUUCCAACCAUAAUAGAAUAGUCUGGCUUAGAUCUGGAUCAGUCCACUGUGGUCUAUUGGGGAUAACAAGGCUGUGUGCACCAAAGGACACCAAACUACUCUAGGAAUGCCAUUUAUUAAAAACAGUAACAAGAACAAAAUCACAGUUUACCGACAUCACAGUACCUUCUUUAGUUUUAUAACAAAAUUGUGUGUAUUUUUAUACACUAGAGUGCAAUGACCUGGAAGGCGUUAUACACUACGAGUACAACAGAUUCCGGGACAGCGUUGUACACUACGAGUACAACAGAUUCCGGGACAGUGUUGUACAUUACGAGUACAACAGAUUCCGGGACAGUGUUAUACACUACGAGUACAACAGAUUCCCAGGACAGUGUUAUACACUACGAGUACAACAGAUUCCGGGACAGUGUUAUACACUACGAGUACAACAGAUUCCGGGACAGUGUUAUACACUACGAGUACAACAGAUUCCCAGGACAGUGUUAUACACUACGAGUACAACAGAUUCCGGGACAGUGUUGUACAUAAGGAGAACAAGACUUCUAAAAAGACUUAUAGGAUAUGUACAGUAUAUAUCCAGUUUUGAGGAUUUACAAAGCCUGCUUCAUCAGUGAAGGUUAAUUUCCAAAACUAAAAUCCCCCAAUAAUGAAUGUAUAGUAUGUACCCAUCAAAACAUUAAACUGUCAUUAAUGGAAAUUCCACCGGAAACAAUCCCAGACUUUGAACAACUAGGACUGCAAUAGCUACCGAUGACAUUGAUGAUGAUGAUAUAGUUACAAACAUAUUUUACACAAAGGUACCCUUCUUCAACAUUUAUAUAAAACUGCGGUUGGUCUCAAUAGGGUUAAAAUUCUUGUUAAAUACUGAGAAAUUGUACAUAUUCAGCGGAUACAUGCUGCUAUGUGCAAGGAAUAACAAGUACUGUUACAUACAAUAAAAUUGUAUAUGUAUUUUAUUUUAGAAAUAUGAGCCGUUGAUGAACUGCUAUAGAAUACCCAGUAAUCAUGGAACACAAUGGAGGUGUUACUGGAAGAUAACAAAUUACCAAAUAACAGCGGAAACUAACAAGCACCUAGUCGGUUAAAAUCAAUUAAAAGAGAAGAUAUUUCCUAAUCUGGGACCGACAAUCGCACUUUCCAGUAUAGAGCUGAGAAAAUGGUUGGACAUGACACAUUUUACCCUAAAGUACCAGUGUAGGGUGACUACUAGUAUGGCAACGUGAUCAAUUUUCAUUAACAUUGACUUGGAAAGGGUGUUUUUCGAAGCCUAAAUGCAUAUCAUUUUCUUCAGAUUCUAUUCCUCAAAAAUCUUCAGAAUUUGGAUCAUUUCUGUACAUAGCUGAUGCUUUGUAUAUAGGUAAGUUUGGUCUUCACCAUAAGUAUACAUUACCCUGCUACAAAUCUCUUACAACUUGCAGGUGUAUUGAUACAUGUACACACAAAUUAAUUUUUAGAUACAUGUACACACAAAUUAAUUUUUAGAUACAUGUACACACAAAUUAAUUUUUAGAUAAAUGAUUUGUACACACAAAUCAAUGUAUGAAAUACAUAAAAAAUCAAAAUGAAUAUUUCAGGAAUCAAAUGAAAUAUAUUUUUAAAGCCAGAAAAUGAAUUCUUACAAAUUAUUUACUGGCCAUAGCUAUGAGAAGGAAAGAGCAGAUAAUGAAGAAAUGUAGCAGACAAUGAUUGUCAUAGAUGGCAGAUAAGAGGAGAGGUUUCAGCCCGAUGUUUGACUGAAGUUCAUGGUUAUACCAUGGAGUCUUACAGUGCACAAAAACAGUAACAAAUUAAUCACAAUGAGUCUUAAAAGUUAUUGCAGGUUUUAUCUAUCCUUUUCAUGUACCGGGGUAUAUCAUAGAAAAAAAAAAAACCAUCCAUAACACC